CCUCUCUACCCAGCUGUCGUUGCUUUCAGUAGCCAUUCAGGUGUCGAUCUGUGUCAUAAUUUCCCUCAGGAUCAGACGGUAGAGAGAGAAGUUUCAGGUUAAAAUAAGUUGUGUUUUUUUUAAUGAAUUGAAGGCUGAUGGAAGUGAAUAAGUUGGACCUGUGCGACAGUUUGAUAAUCUGGUUGCAGACAUUCAGUGUGUCCUCAGCAUGUGAAAAUGUUCAGGAUUUGAUCAGUGGAGCUGCAAUGGCACAGGUGCUUAACCAAAUAGACCCAUCUUGGUUUAAUGAAUUGUGGCUGAAUCGCAUUAAAGAUGACGUGGGUGAAAAUUCGAGAUUGAAGAUGAAUAAUUUGAAGAAGAUUCUCCAGAUGGUUCUCGAUUAUUAUCAUGAAGUACUCGGCCAACAAAUUGCAGACUCUCUCCACCCAGAUUUGAACCUGAUUGUAGAGCAUGAGAAUGUUUUGGAACUGGGUAGAUUGCUCCAACUGAUUUUGGGGUGUGCAGUAAACUGUGAGAGGAAGCAGGAGCACAUUCAGAAUAUCAUGACGCUGGAAGAGUCUGUGCAGCAUAAUGUUAUGACUGCUAUUCAAGAACUGAUGAGUAAAGAACUGGCAGGAACAUUUGGCGCUGAAGUUUCUGGAGACUUGGAUCAACAGCUUAAGAAGGCCCUGGAAGACCUCAGCUUGGCUUUGCUAGAGAGGGAGGAAUUGACACAGCGUUGCCAAGAAUUGGAUAUUCAGGUUUCUACUCUCCAAGAGGAAAGAAACAGCUUAUUAGCUGAGAAUGAUCUUAUGACAGAGAGGAUAAACCAAUUAGAUGCAUUUGAUGAUCCACACAGCCUUGCUGGCAAGAAAUAUUUCAACUUGCAGCUUCAAUUGGAUCAAUUACAAGAAGAAAAUUACAGGCUUGAAGCAGCGAAGGAUGACUAUCGUGUUCACUGCGAAGAACUGGAGCGACAACUGAUUGAGAUACAGCACAGAAAUGAUGAAUUAAAUAGCCUGGCCGAAGAAAAUCUUGCUCUAAAAGAUGAAAUUGAUGUCCUAAGGAAUUAUUCAGAUAAGGUCACCAAAUUAGAGGCCUCAGUGGAGACAUACAAAAAAAAACUUGAAGAUCUGAAUGACUUGAGGCGGCAGAUGAAAUUAUUGGAGGACAAAAACGUGAUGUAUAUGCAGAAUACAGUCAGCCUAGAGGAAGAACUCCGAAAAGCUAAUGCUGCGCGUGCUCAGCUAGAGACAUACAAAAGACAAGUUCAGGAACUCCACAACUCAUUGUCUGAGGAAGUAAGAAGAGCAGCCAAACUGGCUUUUGAAUUGAAACAGGUUGAGGAAAAGCAUGAAACAUUAUUGAAAGAAAAAGAGCGACUGAUAAUAGAACGCGAUACUCUCAGGGAAACCAAUGAGGAACUCAAAUGCACACAAGUGCAGCAAGACCACUUGUUGCAAUCAGGUAAAUUUUCUCUGGCUUCAUAUGAGGAUCUUGCAGCUGAAAUCCUUCCUGUGGAAUAUAGGGAGAAGUUCAUCCGACUGCAACAUGAGAACAAGAUGUUACAAUUGCAACAAGAGGGAUCGGAAAAUGAACGCAUUUUAGUGCUGCAGAAGCUGUUAGAUGAUGCGAAUCGGACAGAAAAUGAACUGAAGACGGAAAAUAGAAUUGAAAACCAACGUGUACAAGAACUGCAACAUCAGGUUGAAGAUCUCCAGAAAGUCUUACAAGAGCAAGGCUCUAAGGCAGAAGAAUCAAGUGACCUGAAGAAGAAAUUGGAUGCGCACUUAGAGAAACUUCAUGAGGCCCAUGAUGAGCUGCAAAAAAAGAAAGAACUUAUUGAAGACUUGCAACCUGAAAUACAACAGAGCUCUCAAAAAAUUGACGAGUUGCAACGUGCCCUGACUAAAAAAGAUGAAGACAUGCGGGCAAUGGAGGAAAGGUACAAGAUGUACCUGGCGAAAGCUCGUAAUGUGAUUAAAGCUCUGGAUCCAAAACAAAACCCAGCAAGUGCAGAAAUCCAGAUACUGAAAACGCAGAUCACUGAGAAGGACAAAAAAAUACAAACGCUGGAACGUGAAUGUGAGCAAGCAAAACUGCGAGGGUAUGAAGAGGAGCUGAUAGUAACAGCAUGGUACAAUAAGUGUAAGGCAAGUAAUUGUGGACUGUUGCAGAGUUUGGCAUUUCAGAAGAUAGCCACGGAAACUCGAUUAGGAGGCUUUGGUCCAAACUCAAAUUGGUCAUUCCUAGCAAAACAACGACAGGUAUCCAGUUCACGGAAAACCCUCACAGUUACUACACCUGCAGCAGAUCCCAAAUAGAACAACCAAUGGGAGUUGGAAUCAAUGUAUAGAGGUGUCCCUUUUUAAAAACUAUUUAUUAAAAUAGUUUAAAGGUAAAACAAAAAGGAAUAUGACUGAGAUCAGUAUUUUAUAAUACUUCUACUUUCAAAAGUAUAUUUCUACUUUAGAUUAGCCCCAAGGGAAAGCUCACCUUUAACUCUUAUAAGGUCCCUUUCACCACAUCCAAAUUGCUUGUUUAUAGAAGCACAGAAUGGUGAGCGUCAAAGAUGAAAAAUUUAGCAAGUUAUUUAGGGCUUUUUUUGCAUCAAAUUUUAAAUUUAUAUAUAAUGAUAUAUAUUUCCUGAUUUUAAUUUCAUCAGUAUGUUAAUGAAGAAUAACAUUCUCUGGAAAAUAAAUUCAAUGUUUUACUUGGUAUUUUGUCACUGUUUAUUUAAAAGAUCUGUUGUAGUUUCUGGGUUUACAAGGGUGACAAUACAUAUGCUAGCACUUUUGUAAAUUUGAGAAAAUAUCAAACGUAAUUGUAAUAUUCAUGUACUUCGGAACAAAUCUUAACAUGUAAACACAGCAAUAAAUUCCUAUUUUGAUUUGUUUUAACUUGAAUUUCAAUGUCCAAUAAACUGAAUAUCAUUUCAAUUUAUUGAGGAAGAAAAAUGUGCUACAUGAGAUUACAUGAAGAACACUCAAUUGUAAUUUCUAAACUAAACUUUGUUUUGUAUGAUGAAACUUUGAAAGUGUCCUAAGUGAUUUUAUUAUACUCCAUGAAAUCUUUAUUUCUAAGUGCUUUACUCAUAAAAAUGUAUUUUUUAAGUUGAAAGCUUAUAAAUCUGAAUUUGAACAAUUAUUGAUUUUUUUAUUAAAUUAGCCUGAAAAAUCUAAUAUAAUUAACAUAUUCCUCAUUAUUUUGGAUUUAUAUUCUUUCUAAUAUAGCUGCGAUAGUUACUAUAAUGUUUUUAGCAGAUUUGAAUUGUUACAUAAGGUGCCCAGAUUACUUAGGCCUGAAUUAAACGAGGGAUGCAUUUAUCAAAAACUUUUUUAUUUAAUGCACCUAAGAAACUGGGCGUGGGUAGUAAGCAAUUAUACUAGUUUUGGGUUGAAGUCUGUGCUUUAUUUCCAAAAGUUACUUCUCACAAACCAUAAUUGGUGCACUUUAUCAUCCCUUGUUGAAACUCUUGCUUUACCACCGGUGGUAGCAAUAUAUGAGGUUUUUUUAAUGGAAUCUUGUCAGGAUUUUAAGAGAAACAUGCACUAGCAUAGAUUCUUUUUUGUGUUUGCAUUUAGUGGAUUUUGAAAUUUCUUUGUUACAAUUGUUCCAAAUGUUCUGUUAAAAAAAUAUUGUCAUAACUUUCAACUUUAAAGAUGGGUUCAGAUCAGUCAGAUUGUCCAUAACUUCACUUUUCAUACUUUUCUACCUGUUUGUUUCUAACUGAGCCAAAGUUAAAAAUCAUAUUUGCAGUGCAAUUGAUGUAGCUGUAGAAGGCUCUUCCCAAAUUUUUCUUAAGCUUACAAAAAUGCUAAUCUAAAGUGAUGAGAAUAACAUAACCACAUAUAUGCACAUAAAUCACUUAAACUAGCUUAUUUUUGUUUGAUUUCUAAUAUUAUGAAACACUUUAACAAUACUUGACUUACUGAUGCACAGUUACAGACACUCUGCAUGUAUCACUUUCCAGCCUCAUCACUCAUCUUCCAGGUUUGAAAAGUGAGCUGAGUGAGUCCAUUUUCAAGUUCAUUGAGUACCCAUCAUUCACAUGCUGUGCAUUGUUGCUUUGUAAAAAGGAAACAUAUAUAUAAUUUGUGCUGUUUGAAUGUAAUCUUAAUUUAUGUAUUCAAAUGCACUAUUGCAAAACUGAUUAAUGCAUGUAUACCUACUCUUGAAGAGACUUUCCUUGAAGAAAGCAGAGGAGAAAGAUAAUUGUGCAAUAAAACUUGUGUUGCAGUAUA